AUGGCAAUCUCAUUAUCAAACUUCCUCCUCCCGCUCUUACUGCUACUAAAAAUCGCUACCUGCGCGACUGUCACAUAUGACUUCGACAUAGGAUGGACUUACGCGAAUCCCGACGGUCAGCAAACACGUCCAGUCAUCGGCAUCAACGGGCAAUGGCCUGUACCACCCAUUGUAGUCACGAAAGGUGACCAGGUCAUUGUCAAUGUCAAGAAUUCUUUAGGAAACGAGUCUACAAGUCUGCACUUCCAUGGCUUGUAUAUGAACGGUACUACUCACAUGGACGGCCCAGUCGCUGUUACACAAUGUGGGAUUCUUCCAGGUAACUCCUUCACAUACAACUUUACCGUCAGCCAACCGGGCACGUAUUGGUAUCACACCCAUGAGCGCGGUCAAUAUCCAGAUGGUCUUCGAGGUCCUUUUAUCGUACAUGAUCCCGAAGACCCAUACAAAGAUCUCUAUGACGAAGAAGUCGUUAUAACGCUUUCCGAUUGGUAUCAUGAACUUAUGCAUAAUCUACUAGCAGAAUUCAUCAACAUUGCCAACCCAUCCGGUGCGGAACCCGUGCCUCAAGCGGCACUGCUCAACGACACACAAAACUUGACUGUUAACAUUCAACCUGGGAAAACAUAUCUCUUCCGAAUGGUCAACAUGGGCGCUUUCGCUGCACAGUACGUAUGGUUUGAAGAGCAUACAAUGCGCGUUGUUGAAGUUGAUGGCGUGUACACUGAACCAAUGGACGCGGAUAUGAUCUACCUCACUGCGGCACAGCGAUACAGCGUCCUCGUCACCGCUAAAAACGACACCAAUUCCAACUUCGCUUUCGUGGGAAGCAUGGAUCAGGAUCUAUUUGAUGCCGUACCCGAAGGACUGAACCCGAAUGCCACAGGCUGGCUUGUCUACAACGAUACCAAGGAACUACCAGCGCCAAAAGAGGUUGCGGAGUUUGAGCCUUUCGACGAUUUCGAUCUGGUGCCGUACGACAAGGAAGAACUCUUGGACCAUGUUGAUCGUUCAAUCACACUAGACUUGAAGAUGGAUAACCUCAACGAUGGCGCGAACUAUGCCUUCUUCAACGAUAUUACUUAUGUCAGCCCCAAAGUACCCACCUUGUACACCGUCCUUUCCACCGGCCCCAACGCUACAGACCCUGUCAUCUACGGCAGUAACACAAACGCUUUCGUCCUUGCUCAGAACGAAGUUGUGGAAAUCGUAUUGAACAACGACGACCCUGGGAAACAUCCCUUCCAUCUCCACGGUCAUGCCUUCCAAGUCGUAACCCGCAGCGACGACGACGCAGGUUUUUACGACCCAAACAACGCACCAACUCCACACCCAACACCCAUGCGACGCGAUACUAUCCUCGUUCGACCAAACGGACACAUCGUUCUGCGUUUCCGAUCUGAUAAUCCUGGUAAGUACCUACCCUUUUUUAUCCAAGAAUCCAAAUUUCUGCAUCCUCAUGCCGAUACGACGUACACAUGA